AGUGCCGAAAAACGAAACUCCCGAACAAGAUGUUCAAGCUAACGAUGCUGUUGGGCCUGGCCCUCAUCCUGGCUCCUUCCACGAUCCAGGCCAAAUCCCUGUGCCGCAGCAGCGGCUACUUCGCUUUAGGGGAUAACACACCCAAUUUCUAUGCCUGCCAGUCCACCGGCUACGGUGGCUACACCAUGCGCCACCUGCGCUGCCCCGCUGGCCUGGUCUUCAGCUCCUCGAUGGCCCAAUGCGUCCAGUCCAUUUCCGCGUUUGAGGCUCGUGACGAUAGCAACAUCGAGAACCCCACCAUUCCGCCGAACAACCUGGACGAGAGCACUACGGCUGCUUCCACCACAGAGAAACCAGCCACCGAGGCUCCUGCCACCACAGAGAAACCAGCCACCGAGGCUCCUGCCACCACCGAGAAACCAGCCACUGAGGCUCCUGCCACCACCGAGGCACAAACCACUGAGGCUCCUGCAACCACCGAGGCACAAACCACUGAGGCUCCUGGAACCACUGAGAAACCAGCUACCGAUGCUCCUGGAACCACCGAGAAACCAGCUACCGAUGCUCCUGGAACCACCGAGAAACCAGCUACCGAUGCUCCUGGCACCACCGAGAAACCAGCUACUGAUGCUCCUGGAACCACCGAAAAACCAGCCACGGAUGCUCCCGGAACCACCGAUGCUCCUGGCACCACCGAUGCUCCUGGCACCACAGAUAAGCCAGCUACUGAUGAACCCGUAACCGACGAGCCUUCGACCGACGAGCCGGCAACCGGUGAGACCAGUACCGAUGAGCCCAGCACCGAGACCACCGAUAGCGGCGACGUGACCACCAACACUGACGCGGGAACCACCGAGGUGGACAACGUGUGCGCCACCACCGGAUUGUUCCCAACGGAGAGCUGCACACACUUCAUCGUCUGCAGCUACGCCGAUGGCGACGAGCUGAAGUCCUACACCAAGAAGUGUCCUGGCGAGAUGCAGUUCGAUCCCUUCAACAGCGUUUGCUCCACAGCUUAUGACUGCACUGCCCCAAAGUAAUGGGGAAUCCUGUCGAGAACGGAUGAUGGUGUGCCCGAUGAAUUGGUGGUGUGCUGAAAACCAAGCGGAGCAAUAAAAGCAAUCGCUGCGUUAGCCAAACCAUUUAUUAGAGCUCUAGCUUUUAUUUACUUCAGUACAUUAUUUUUUUUUCACGUGUGAUUAGCCUUUUUUUUUU